AUGAGAGUUGGUGCCUUCAGGCUGGUGCUGGCAUACUUCCUGGUCACAUGGCUAGGAGACCUCCCCAUAAAUCCAUCACAGGAUAUCACAAGUUCACAGUACAUUGUAACGGGAAGUACCACCACACCUAGUUCACAGUACAUUGUCACGGAAAGUACCACCACACCUAGUUCACAGUACAUUGUAACGGGAAGUACCACCACACCUAGUUCACAGUACAUUGUCACGGGAAGUACCACCACACCUAGUUCACAGUACAUUGUAACGGGAAGUACCACCACACCUAGUUCACAGUACAUUGUAACGGGAAGUACCACCACACCUAGUUCACAGUACAUUGUAACGGGAAGUACCACCACACCUAGUUCACAGUACAUUGUCACGGGAAGUACCACCACACCUAGUUCACAGUACAUUGUCACGGGAAGUACCACCACACCUAGUUCACAGUACAUUGUCACGGGAAGUACCACCACACCUAGUUCACAGUACAUUGUCACGGGAAGUACCACCACACCUAGUUCACAGUACAUUGUAACGGAAAGUACCACCACACCUAGUUCACAGUACAUUGUAACGGGAAGUACCACCACACCUAGUUCACAGUACAUUGUAACGGGAAGUACCACCACACCUAGUUCACAGUACAUUGUAACGGGAAGUACCACCACACCUAGUUCACAGUACAUUGUAACGGGAAGUACCACCACACCUAGUUCACAGUACAUUGUAACGGGAAUAACCACCACACCUAGUUCACAGUACAUUGUAACGGGAAUAACCACCACACCUAGUUCACAGUACAUUGUAACGGGAAGUACCACCACACCUAGUUCACAGUACAUUGUAACGGGAAGUACCACCACACCUAGUUCACAGUACAUUGUAACGGGAAUAACCACCACACCUAGUUCACAGUACAUUGUAACGGGAAUAACCACCACACCUAGUUCACAGUACAUUGUAACGGGAAUAACCACCACACCUAGUUCACAGUACAUUGCAACGGGAAGUACCACCACACCUAGUUCACAGUACAUUGUAACGGGAAGUACCACCACACCUAGUUCACAGUACAUUGUCACGGGAAUAACCACCACACCUAGUUCACAGUACAUUGUCACGGGAAGUACCACCACACCUAGUUCACAGUACAUUGUCACGGGAAGUACCACCACACCUAGUUCACAGUACAUUGUCACGGGAAGUACCACCACACCUAGUUCACAGUACAUUGUAACGGGAAUAACCACCACACCUAGUUCACAGUACAUUGUCACGGGAAGUACCACCACACCUAGUUCACAGUACAUUGUUACGGGAAGUACCACCACACCUAGUUCACAGUACAUUGUCACGGGAAGUACCACCACACCUAGUUCACAGUACAUUGUAACGGGAAUAACCACCACACCUAGUUCACAGUACAUUGUCACGGGAAGUACCACCACACCUAGUUCACAGUACAUUGUUACGGGAAGUACCACCACACCUAGUUCACAGUACAUUGUCACGGGAAGUACCACCACACCUAGUUCACAGUACAUUGUAACGGGAAGUACCACCACACCUAGUUCACAGUACAUUGUAACGGGAAGUACCACCACACCUAGUUCACAGUACAUUGUAACGGGAAGUACCACCACACCUAGUUCACAGUACAUUGUCACGGGAAGUACCACCACACCUAGUUCACAGUACAUUGUCACGGGAAGUACCACCACACCUAGUUCACAGUACAUUGUCACGGGAAGUACCACCACACCUAGUUCACAGUACAUUGUAACGGGAAGUACCACCACACCUAGUUCACAGUACAUUGUCACGGGAAGUACCACCACACCUAGUUCACAGUACAUUGUAACGGGAAGUACCACCACACCUAGUUCACAGUACAUUGUCACGGGAAGUACCACCACACCUAGUUCACAGUACAUUGUAACGGAAAUAACCACCACACCUAGUUCACAGUACAUUGUAACGGGAAGUACCACCACACCUAGUUCACAGUACAUUGUAACGGGAAGUACCACCACACCUAGUUCACAGUACAUUGUCACGGGAAGUACCACCACACCUAGUUCACAGUACAUUUAA